AUCACACGACCCUCAGGGUACUGUACCAACAAAAGCAGGCUGGAAAUAGGACACACCACUGCUUGUAAAUUCUAAGCGUGUAAUCUAUCAGAAAUAUUUUCUGUUGCGUGAUGACAGUGACAGACUAGAAACGCAUUUUCGCGGAAUGUCACUUCGUUCAAACAUGAGAUACACGAUAGCAGGUGUUUUUUAAAUUUCGUUUUACUUUCAUAGUGAGUAAUUAUAGAGUAUAAAAUCCCCAUCCCCCCCCCCAAAAAAAAAGUAUAAAAAAAAUUCAAGGUGAGUUUUAUGAUGAUGGAGCAUUCAUUUAUUGUGAACAAAAGGUAAACCAAUUUAAUAAUCUCGUGCUUAUCAGUGGAAUGUGAUGAGUCUGUGUGCCACAUAUUUUCUCUGCGUGCGCGAUGGAGACUGAUCGUCUGCAGGAUAGUUUCAGUGCGGAGGACGACGCCGAAAGGAUUCUGGGAUCAAGGAACAGACGAUUUGCCGCGAAGCCUUGUGGGAAACGCUGUUGUAUAGCCGGUGUACUGGCGUAACGUGGCCCAUGACGAGCUACAGGAGACCCUGGGUCAGAGGAACCCUCUGGGCGUGGCCAAGAACGUGAUCUUGUUCCUCGGGGACGGCAUGGGCCCCACCACAGUCACGGCCGCCAGGAUUCUGGGCGGACAGAAGAUGAAGGGGCGGAAAGGGGAGGAGGUGAAGCUGAGCUUUGACAAGUUCCCCUUUACUGGACUCUCACGGACCUACAACGUAGACACCCAGGUCACAGACUCCGCCGCCUCCGGCACAGCGUACCUCACAGGGGUCAAGACAAACCAGGGCAUGCUGGGACUGAGCGCUCACGCCACACGUGCUGACUGCGAGUCUUCCCACGGACACGAUGUCCACUCUAUCCUACAGUGGUCAUUGGAAGCUGGCAAGUCUGUGGGCGUGGUGACCACGACAAGAGUGACCCACGCCACCCCGGGUGCCUCCUACUCCCACACCCCCGAGAGAAACUGGGAGGCGGACUCUGACAUGCCUGAGAACUCCAAGUGCUUGGAUAUCGCUGCACAGCUCGUCAAGAACAACCCAAACAUCAGCCUCAGACAAAGGCUGGCCUGUCCCACAGUUUCGUCUACGACAAGGAAGGACUCGACAGGGUGGACCUCAUGACCACUGAUAGAUUGCUGGGUUUGUUCAACAACACCCACAUGGCAUACGAGGUAGACCGUGACCCAAGUAAAGAACCGUCCAUCGCUGAAAUGACGGAGAAAGCCAUACAGAUUCUCAGGAAGAACGAGAAAGGAUUCUUUCUUUUAGUUGAAGAGGACAGCAACUACCACCAGCAGAGCGCCGUGCCCAUGGAAAUGGAAACACACGGGGGAGAGGAUGUUGCUAUUUACGCUACAGGCCCGCAGUCGUUCCUGUACACGGGCGUCCACGAGCAGAACUACAUCCCUAUCGUGAUGGCCUACGCCAGCUGUGUGGGGGACUUCGCCGAGGACAAACAGAACUGUGCCAGGUUCCACACCUACGUCACCGAGACCAACAUCAACGUCAACGUGCCGCCUGCACCAUCACAGGCACAGACUCAGGACCCGAAUUUCGCCACACGUCUUGAGCAGCCGCUCCUACUUCUGUGUUUAGCGCUGCUCACGCCGAUAGUAGCCAAGCUGAUGUAAAGACAGAAACAACGACAGAGAACGAGAAAAUGAAGUCCACAGAAUAUGGAAAACGACAGAAAGUAUAUAUGGAGAUUUUUUUAACAAACAGCUGAGAACGUAGCGUACUGCAGAGCGUGUGAGAAGACGCGGAAUGGCUCAACUGUGACGACGGAACAACUAUUUGUAAUUAUUAAUUGGGGAAGUACAAGCGGUGCGGUGCGGAAAGGAACUGGCCACCGUACCACAAUAUGCCGAAGGCCCAGGAAGUUGUCUCACUAGCAAGACAACCCCCAAUGUCCGGAUCGGAUGCGGGAACAACUUUACUUUUUACUUUGAUCGUACUCCAUCUCUACUCCAACAGAAAAAAGCCCCAAAACAAACGGGAACUCAGGUCCCAAAAUCGUUCACGUUACUAUAAUAAUUGGUUGCUUUUAAGGACAAGCGGGCUAACCCAGAUUUCGGGUUUUUUCAGAAAUCUUGACCUACA